CUCCUCCAUCUCCUCCAUCCUCCUCUCCAUCCCACUUCUCCCAUAUAUCACAUCAAUACCUUCACAAUGGGUUUUACCGAUCUCGUAUCAGAAGCUGGCUUGACCAUGCUCAAUGGUUGGACAAAGACCCGAAGCUACAUCGUCGGCUACGGCCCAUCACAGGCUGACGUGAAGGUCUUCGAGGCCAUCAAGUCGGAGCCCGCGGUCGAGAACUACCCGCACGCGUACCGAUGGUACAAGCACAUCGCCAGCUUCCAGCCGGAGUUCGCCUCGCUCCCGGGCGAUUCGUCAGCGGCAUACACUGCCUAUGGCCCUGACGCCAGCGAACUGACCGUGAAUCCCGCCAAGGCUCCCGAGACGGCGGAGGACGACGAUGAUGUCGACCUCUUCGGCAGCAGUGACGAGGAAGAGGAUGCGGAGGCGGAGCGGAUCAAGGCGGAGCGGUUGGCUGAGUACAAGAAGAAGAAGGAGGGCAAGACAAAGCCGGCUGCCAAAUCCAUCGUCACGAUGGAAGUGAAACCUUGGGAUGAUGAGACAGACAUGAAGGAGCUCGAGGCCAGUGUCCGUUCGGUCGACAAGGAUGGCCUUGUCUGGGGUGCUUCGAAGUUGGUGGCCAUCGGCUACGGCAUCAAGAAGCUACAAGUCAACCUCGUCAUUGAGGACGAAAAGGUUUCGCUGGAUGACCUCCAGGCGGAACUGGAGGAGUUCGAGGACUACAUUCAGUCCACUGACAUUCUUGCUAUGCAGAAACUUUAAGCGCGUUUAGGUGACGCAAGGUCAUGACUCAGGGUACGGAAAUGAUGGACGG